AUGUCCACGCCACUGCUGUCAUCGUCGUCAGCUCCAACCCUUCCUCCUUUGGCUUCCGUUCCUCUUUUCCUACUCAAGACUGAAUCUCAACCGCACGAUUCCUACCUUGAUCAUUUCUCCGCGUUACAGCUGCCAAAAACGCCAGGCCACCCAAGCCAUGCUCAUACUCAGGAUGCCUCCUUCUCGUCGGAUACCGCUGCUUCCUCUGCUACCCCUAGCUUCCACCCCUUGUUUGUCCCUGUCUUAGAACAUCACCCCAAUAUCCGGAACCUCGAUUGGCUGCAGGAUCGUCUGCGUAGCGAAGAAUUGGGUCAGAAAUAUGGGGGGAUGAUCUUCACCAGUCAGCGGGCCGUUGAAGCAUGGACCGAGGUUGUCAAGAGAAUGAAGGGUCAAUCUGAGACAAGCGAGGUUGAUACGGAUACUUUUUCGAAGCAUGUGACAGGGGUGAGUCGACCCAUCCAAGAUCAUGAGACACCGACCAAAAGUCAUCCGACGACGACUCAGCAGCUUUCCUUCGAUGAUCCUCAAGGUCUCGUGGAUGGUGACUUUGUCUUUCCACUUUACUCUGUAGGACCAGCGACAUCGCGUGCACUGAACACGCUUGUGGUUGAGAUCUCUGGCCAGGAUCCUUCAUCUCCAUUCUCCCGCCUGCGCCCGAGUGUUCUCGGGGAACAUACAGGUAACGGCGCGAACCUGGCGCAAUACAUCCUUUCCCAUUAUAACAGCUUGCACUCGCGAAGGCUUUAUACCUUUUACGAUGCUCCUCGACUACCCAUCACACCUCUAAUCGGUCCUCCAGGUGGAGAGCGUUUCGAUAAGGAGGAUAAGAAACUUCGGAAGAAGGCUCUUCUUUUCCUGGUGGGCGAGCAGAGGAGAGAUAUCAUUCCCAGAACGCUGACAGACCAGGAAGGUAAGCUAGCACCCAAUGAAAGAAUCGAUGUCGACGAGGUAGAAGUCUAUGUCACAGGGAUUAUGGAGUCGUUCCAGGACGACUUCAGCUCCCACAUCGAUCAAGUCAGGCAAGCAGGACAUAGCCUCGCCGUUGUCGUGGUCUUUUCACCGCAAGGCUGCGAGGCAAUGCUUCGGGCUUUACGCUACAUUAAUGAAGAGGGUCAUCUGACAGCAUUGGGUAAAGGGAGAUGGCAAAACACAUCUCCGAGCAUGAGUGGCAGCGAUGGCAAAAGGCAGUUGUCUGUCGUCAUCGCAACUAUCGGCCCAACUACCAGAGAUCAUCUAAAGGAUCAAUUCGGGUUUGAUGCAGAUGUCUGCGCAUCAAAGCCAACUCCACAAGGUGUGAGCGAUGGUGUCCUAGCAUUUCUACAUGAGAAAAACUUGAUCUAG